AUGGCUCCCCGCUCCCGGCCCACCCUCCAAGCCGGCCUGGACAAGGAAGUGUACCAAAUCGUGCGAAAAUAUCUGGACGACAAAAAUGAGUCACCGUUGAAACUGCGGCUCAUUACCAUCUAUGAAUGGAUUCAACGGUCCAAUUCGAGCCUAAAACGGCGGCCAAAGAAGCAGAUUGAAGACAGCAUCGAGCGCGUAAUCGACGUGAUCCGUGAAGACGAGAGCGGAGACGACGAAGACGAAUUGCUUGAAGUCGAGGGCGAGUUUGGGGACGAGAAGAUUGAAGUGAAGGGUAGUAAAAGCGGGGAUUGGAUGAAUAAGCAGAUUGUUAAUACUUGGGCCAGUAAGGAGCCGGCUGCGAUGAAUGGGGAGGAAAAGAAGAGCAAGAAGAGAGAUGGGAAGAGGGCGGAUGGCGAGAGGGAGAGCAAGAGGCAGAAGAAGGCUGCGGCUCCGGAAUCGAAGAUCGAUACUGCACCACCAACAGGCCUAAGUCUUGCCGACCUCGGCGGUGUGUCCAAGAUCAAAAGGCAGCUGAAAGAGCACCUUGUCAUGCCAUUGCUCUGUCCUCAAGAAUACACUAGUCGGGAAAUUCCAAUACCACGUGGCAUCUUGCUCCAUGGACCGCCAGGCUGUGGUAAGACUGUCAUCAGUCGAGCAUUCGCGGCAGAACUUGGCGUUCCCUUCAUCGAGAUCCUUGGACCGUCUGUUGUUUCCGGAAUGUCGGGCGAAUCUGAGAAGCAGAUUCGCGAACACUUUGAUAAAGCGAAAGAGGUGGCGCCAUGCUUGAUCUUCAUUGACGAGAUCGAUGUCAUUGCACCAAAACGUGACAGUGCACAAAGCCAAAUGGAGAAAAGGAUUGUCGCCCAGCUACUUAUCUCCAUGGAUAGUCUAGCCAUGGAAGGGAAUGAUGGCAAGCCGGUUAUUGUGCUCGCGGCAAGUAAUCGUCCGGACAGCUUAGAUCCGGCCCUCAGACGCGGUGGUCGGUUUGAUACCGAGAUCAAUAUGGGCGUACCCAACGAAAAUAUGCGAGAAAUGAUCCUCAGGGCUCUCACUCGCAAACCGAAACUGUCGGACGACGUUGAUUUUCCAUCCCUGGCGAAGAAGACGGCAGGAUUCGUUGGUGCCGAUCUCAAAGAUCUUGUCAGUAAGGCAGGUACCUGGUCAAUGGAUCGAUAUCGAGAAGCGCUGGAAAAGCAGGCGGCGUUAGAGGAAUCUGAAAUGGAGGUAGAUGAGGCUGACCCUUCAGAGGACUUCAGCGUCAACCAAGAGAUCCGGCGCCUCGUCACGCGUGUACGAAAUCCAGAUGCUUUGCGCCCGCCAGGGUUCGAAGACACCGCAAUCUCCAUGGAAGCAUUUGACGCCGUUCUUCCAGCCAUUGUACCGUCAUCGAAACGAGAAGGCUUUGCAACUGUGCCCGAUACGACCUGGAGUGACGUUGGCGCUCUUUCAGCAGUACGCGAAGAGCUCGAAAUGGCCAUUGUGGAACCCAUCAAAAGUCCGGAACGCUUUGCAAAGGUCGGCAUCACAGCUGCGACUGGUGUAUUACUAUGGGGCCCGCCAGGAUGUGGUAAGACAUUGCUGGCAAAGGCGGUGGCGGCAGAGUCCAAAGCAAACUUCAUAAGCGUCAAGGGUCCCGAAUUAUUGAACAAGUAUGUCGGCGAAUCCGAACGCGCCAUCCGUCAAGUCUUCCAACGCGCUCGCUCCUCCGCACCCUGCGUCGUCUUCUUCGACGAAUUCGAUGCCCUCGCCCCCAAACGCAGCACCGAGCUUCACGAAGCCUCCGCCCGCGUCGUAAACACUCUCCUCACUGAACUUGACGGCCUCUCCAUGCGCCAAGGCAUCUAUCUCAUCGCCGCCACCAACCGCCCCGAGAUGAUCGACGAGGCCAUAUUGCGCCCUGGGCGCCUGGAAACGAGAUUGUACGUCGGCCUGCCGAGUCCGAAAGAGCGCGUGGAUAUUUUGAGGGCGUUGAUCAGGCAGAGGGGCGUGUUGAGUGCCGAGCUAGCGCUAUUCGGGGAGAGGGACGAGUGCACGAAUUUCUCGGGCGCGGAUCUGGAGGCGCUGCUCAGGCGCGCGGGACAGAUUGCGCUCAGGCGCAAGAGCGAUGUAGUCGAAGAGGCGGAUUUUGCGGCUGGCGUGCAUGAGAUCCAGCCUAGCGUGGGGGAUGUUAGGAAAUACGAGGUGUUGAGGGAGCGGUUUGAGACGAGGACGUGGUAG